CAAUGGAUCCUACUAUUGCACGUCGACGGCUAAUUGCAAAGGCUGUGGUCCUUGUAGCAGUUAUGUCAGCCUGGUUGGAUGCAUGGUUGAGGCACCGACUACAUGCUAGGAGGUCUAUCACUUAUGGCCCAAUGCACCAAAGAGACCAAGAGAGACAAAACAACCUGAGAUUCAUUUAUGAAUCCACUGAUGUUGAGUGUGUUGACUUACUUAGGAUGAGAAGGGCCCCUUUUAUGCAGUUGUGUGACCUUUUCGCACUAGGCAGCUAUUGAGAGAUAGUAUUCAUAGCUCAGUAGAGGAGCAGGUUGCCAUGUUUUUACAUGUGGUAGGUCAUAAUCAAAGGUUUAGAGUUGUACACAUGACCUUUCGAAGGUCUAUUGAGACCAUCAGCAGAUACUUCAGGGAAGUAUUGUAUGCGGUUGGUGAACUGAGAAAUGAAAUGAUCUUGCCACCUUCAACUGCUACACCAACCAAAAUUAGAGAUAGCCACAGAUGGUACCCCUAUUUCAAGGACUGUAUUGGUGCCAUUGAUGGCACUCAUGUGCUAGCAAGAGUUCCUAGAAAUCAGAGGGCUGCCUUCCUUGGCAGGAAACACACCACAACACAGAACAUCUUAGCUGCUGUAGACUUUGAUCUAAGGUUUACAUAUGUUCUUGCUGGCUGGGAGGGAUCAGCACAUGAUGCCCUUAUCCUUGCUGAUGCCCUUGAGAGAGAAGAUGGUCUAAAAGUGCCCCAAGGUAAAUUUUACCUUGUGGAUGCUGGUUAUGCUGUCAGGCCUGGGUUUUUACCCCCUUACCGUGCCACACGGUACCACUUGAGUGAAUAUGGGGGGAGGAAUCCACAGAACCCAAAAGAGCUCUUCAACCUUAGACAUUCAUCACUAAGGGUGACAAUAGAGAGGGCCUUCGGUGCUUUGAAGAACAUAUUCAAAAUAUUAUACAACAAACCUUUCCAUCCAUACAAGACACAAGUAAAGCUAGUCCUAGCUUGUUGUAUCCUCCACAACUGGAUUCUUCGUCAUGGGAAUGAUGAACAUGUUCCACUAGAAGACACAUGGGCUGCAAAUCAACUUCAUGAGGGAGCUCCCCUUGACCUUGUCAUGGACAAUGCUGCCUGGUCUGCUACCAGGGACAAUUGGGCUCAACAGAUGUGGCAAAAUAGGGGAUAGUGGUCAUUAUGUACUGUGCUAAGUUGCUCAACAGAUGUGGCAAAAUUGAGAACAUUGUCUAUUAGCAAUGAUGAACUAUAUAUAGUUAUGAACAUUAUGUGCUAAGUUGCUCAUAAAUUUGUAAGAACUGGUUCCAUGCUGAGAACAUUGUCUAUUAGCAAUGAUGAACUAUCUAUAGUUUUGAACUCACUUUC